AAGAAAUCCCAAGAUUGGGUUUUUUGAUUCUUGAUUUUUGGUGGGGUGAUUGAUUCUUGAAGAAAUAAUCAAAGAGACAAUGGGUGUUUCUAAUGAGAACAAUCCUAUUAUGACUAAACCCACAAAUGGUCAAGAAAUGGGAAGCAGAAAGUUUGGAGUGGAGACGAGGAACAAUCGAAGAGCAUUGGGUGUGAUUAAUCAGAAUUUUGUUGGAGUUAAUCAAUAUCCUUGUGUUGUUAACAAGAGAGGAAUAUCUGAAACUAAUGGGAUCUGUAACAAGAAUCCUCCUAUUCCAGCUCAUAGACCAAUUACAAGGAAAUUUGCUGCACAAAUUGCUAGCUCCCAGCAGCAUUAUCUUGAGGAAACCAAGAAACCAAAAUUAGCAGCUGAAAAUUUUAGUGUAUGGGAGGAUGUACCUAUAAUAGAUGUUGAUGAAUAUGAAGCAGCAAAAGACCAGCCUGUUCCUAUGUCUUUGGAACAAACUGAGACAGUGUCACAUGACAACAAGACUCAAAUGGAGAUUGAGAUGGAGGAUAUAUUCGAGGAGACCGCGAUAGAUAUUGACAGUGAUGAUGCAAAGAACCCGCUUGCAGCUGUUGACUAUGUGGAAGAUCUGUAUGCUUACUACUCAAAAAUGGAAGUCAGCAGCCGUAUAUCGCCAGAUUAUAUGGCACAACAGUUUGACGUAAACGAGAGGAUGAGAUCUAUACUAAUAGACUGGCUCAUUGAGGUACAUCACAAGUUUGAUCUAAGGGAAGAGACAUUAUUCCUAACUGUUAACUUGAUAGAUAGAUUUUUGGAGAAGCAAUCUGUUGUGAGAAAGAAGCUACAGCUUGUUGGACUGGUUGCCACGCUACUCGCGUGUAAGUAUGAGGAGGUUACUCUCCCUGUGGUGGAUGAUUUGGUGUUCAUUUCGGAUAAAGCAUACGCAAGGAAGGAGGUUCUUGAACUGGAAAAAUUGAUGCUCAACACACUCCAGUUUAAUAUGUCUGUUCCAACACCAUAUGUUUUUAUGAGGAGAUUUCUCAAGGCUGCUCAAUCGGAUCAAAAGCUUGAGCUACUUUCAUUCUUCUUGAUCGAGCUUUGCCUUGUGGAAUACGAAAUGCUUAAAUUCCCACCAUCCUUUAUCGCUGCUGCUGCAAUCUUUACAGCUCAGUGCACACUUUACGGUGUUAAACAAUGGAGCACGACGUGUGAGUUGCAUACAAAAUACUCAGAAGAUCAACUUCUGGAGUGCUCGAGAUUGAUCGUGGGGUUCCACAAAAAUGCAGCAACAGGGAAACUAACAGGGGUACAUAGAAAGUACAACACAUCUAAAUUUGGUCAUGCAGCAAAAUGUGAGCCGGCUCAUUUUCUUCUUGAGCAGAACCAAUAAGAGGACGGACGGGACGUACAUGUAUAGUUUUUACUAACUUUACGUGACAUCUGUAAUCGGGUUGGUCUGAUUUAUGAUAUGGUUUUGGGGCAUUAAUGGAGUUACUCUACUUAAAAUAACUCAGCAACUGCUGUUGCCCCGGGGAAUUUGACAACUUUUACUUGGAUUAUAGCAUAGCUCAUUGUAAAACAACUUUGGGUUGUUUCUGUUCAGCUUGGAACAUAACUGAAUUGAGUU